ACUGCCACCCCACACUCUUGCCAUUUUGUGCUCCACAGGCAAAAUGGAGUCCUUGUCCUACAGCGGGGAUUUAUCCAACAUCUUCUACCUUUACAACUACAGCUAUGACUACAGCACAGCCAUGCCUGACACUGCUAUCUUAUCCUCUCCGUGCCGGCCUGAAAGCUCUGCCCUCAACAAGUACCUGGUGGUGGUGAUCUACUGUCUCGUCUUUAUCCUCAGUGUGGUAGGGAAUGGUCUGGUGGUGCUGGUGGUGACCUCCAGCCACACAAGCCGCUCCGUCACCGACGUCUACCUGCUCAACCUGGCUGUGGCAGACCUGCUCUUUGCUUUGAGCCUGCCACUUUGGGCAGCCUACCGAGCACACGAGUGGGUCUUUGGCACUGUGAUGUGCAAAGCCAUCUCUGUGCUGCAAGAGGCCAACUUCUACAGCGGCAUCCUUCUGCUGGCCUGCAUUAGCGUGGACCGCUACCUGGCCAUCGUCUACGCCACGCGGGCUGCCACGGAGAAGAGGCACUGGGUGAAGUUUGUCUGCUUGGGCAUCUGGGUCUUUUCCAUACUGCUCUCCCUGCCUGUGCUGCUCUUCCGUGAGGCUUUCCGCUCACCCAACAAUGGCACUGUGUGCUAUGAGCGCAUCAGUGGCGAGGACACGGCCAAGUGGCGGGUAGUGCUGCGGAUCCUGCCGCAGACAUUCGGCUUUGUCUUGCCCCUCCUGGUGAUGUUCUUCUGCUACGGUGUCACCAUCCACACCCUCCUGCAGACCAAGAAUGCUCAGAAGCAGCGGGCCAUGAAGGUCAUCUUUGCUGUGGUGCUGGUCUUCCUCAUCUGCUGGCUGCCCUACAACAUCACACUGGUGAGCGACACCCUCAUGAGGACACGGGCCAUUGCUGAGACCUGUGAGAGGAGGAACCGCAUCGACACAGCCCUCUCUGUCACGCAGGUCCUGGGCUUUGCCCACAGCUGCAUCAACCCUAUCAUCUACGCCUUCAUCGGUCAAAAGUUUCGCAACAGCUUCCUCAAGAUCCUGGCGCAGCGUGGGCUGAUCAGCAAGGAUGCUGUUGCCCGCUAUGGCCGCACCUCCUAUGUCUCCACCUCUGGCAAUACAUCCACCACCCUCUGA